GGAGCUCAGGGACUCCAGAAAGGUCUAUGACCUGGAGGAGAGUCUUCCUGAAGUCUCCCUGAUCGGAUCAUCCUCGACUCUCCAGACUCCCGUCCACAUUCAGGAGAACGGUACGGGUGAAUCUUGCGGCUCUCAAAACUCCUCUCUGGUGUGGUGGACCAUGGCUGGUUCGAUUCCCUCUGGCGCCGUGUUCACUCGCAUCUCUUCAACCGGGCGCAAUGACUUCGUGUGCCAGUACAGGGGCUCUGCAGGUUUCUACAACCCCAGGAUGGGGUGUAGCUGCCACUACCCCUUCAAGGGCAGGGAGCGUCUCGGCUCCCCGUUUCAAAUCCUGGUGAAGACAAACAGCUCUGAGGACUUGACUUGGAGGUCCGGCUCAUGGGGACGGGUGCCUAAUAAUUCGGUGACGGCGUGCAGCGGGGGAGGCGUGUACGUUGGGAGGAACAGGGGCGGUCUUGGGACGGUGAGUGUUGGACUGAAGGCUUUCCGCCUGCCGAGGAACCACCGUGAGUAUCGGUUCAGGAGCUAUCAGGUCCUGACCUUUAACUGAGACCAACACAGACCGGUCCCCUGAAAGACAAACGUGGGAACCUUCGAUGUCUCAUGAUGUAAGAUGUUAGAACUGAAUUCAUGUGUUCCAUUAUUCCUUCAUACAUACGAUUUCUAAACUCUCUUUCUUUCAUGUGUUUGUUAUUUUUCAUUGUAACUCAUGAAAUCUAAAUCUUCUUGAAAAGUUACAUUUUUUGUGAUAAUACUUCAAUAUUUACCAAAUCUGUCCUCCACUGAUGUUAGACUCUUUGAAAUCUGACUGUUUGAGGCGACUGAUGACGACUCGAGUCCAAUCAGAGAAUCAGACUCUCCAAAUAAACAUUUUUAUUUCUGUG